AAACGAAGUUCAGUAGAAACUGUGGAAUGUUAACUGAUAACGAACAACGACGGUAUGACUGAUUAUGAUAAUAGGAAGUUAUACACAACUUUGAAUUUUUAGCAGUCGUAUGUCGUAAGAGAACGGGCGUGGUUCGAUGUUUUAAAGUCAACUUUGACAAGUUAAAAAUUAAAUGUGAACUUUUAGCGAGGUGUUUUUGCUAGCGCCCACUCAGGAACUGCGUCAUAAAGUUUAGGAUAUGACAAAGUAAAACGGGAUGGUAUAUAACUAAGAAAUCGAAUAGUCAUCAUCAUUGAAGAUGUGUAGGAUGCUCUUCUAUAUGUUGGCUGCAGCCCUGGUAUCAGUAUAUGGAACUGACGCAUACACUGUGAAAACGUUGAACUGCAGUGACAAUCCUACUACGAACAUUCAAAAUUUAAUUGGUGUUGACGACAAAUUAAAAAGAGGUCAGACCUUGUUCCUCACCAAUGAAGUGGUAACGGCAGGAUCUAAUUGUCCUAGUCGAGAUAUACUCAACAUUUCUAGUAGAACCGACGAUGUAAAUGGUUCCAUUGUUACACUGAAUACAGAUCUUGGGUCAUAUUGCGAACAGGAUAAUCUUAACUGCAAUUUUGACUGUAUCGACACACAAGUGCCCGACACACAGACAGGAAUUAUCGUACUCAGUACUAUAGCAAGAAUACAGGAAUACAACUUAGUCUUUGAGGAAUUUAAUUACACUGCGACUGUUUCUGAGAAUGCUGAGAUUGGUUCAACCGUUCACAUAAAUAAAAAUUUAAAUAUUAGAAUUACCAACUGUUCUGCCGGUACUACGAUCCCUGGAUACUUCGGGAGGUUCAGUUUGGGCAAGGCUUCAAAUGAUUCUGGGCAUUUCGAGUGGCAAGCAGAAACGAUGAGUAACAGUUUACAUGUCAGUGGUUUAAUAGAUUACGAGACCAGAAAGAAAUACCAACUCACUGUGGAAGCAAGGCUAGCGGACAGCUCAAAUAAUAAAUUAAACGGAACAGCAAUAGCCACUUUGACAGUCACAGUUAUGGAUGUUGACGACAACAACCCGAAGUUCAAUAUCUCGGAGCUGGAUGUAUACCAAUUGAAAAUACCUGAACAUAAUAAAAGCUACGUCGAUGUAUCCCUUAAGACGACACCACCUGUGCAUGCCUACGAUCCUGAUUAUGGUCUGAACAUGGACAUUAGCUACAGUAUCCUAGUUCAAGAAGAACCUGGUCUCUUUGAAAUUGAAAAUGAUGGUUCUAUAAAAGUUUCUCGAAGGCUGGAUUACGAGGAGAAAAGUGAAUACAGAAUUUUGAUAAAGGCGGCUCAGACAGAUAGACCAGACACAGCAUCUGCUGUAGCCACACUAGAAGUUUAUGUCAUUGACAUAGAUGACCAUUUGCCAAAGUUUACAAAGGAUCCAUAUACAUGUAACAUCAGUGAACAUAGUGUUGUUGGUAGUGUUAUAUGCAUAGUUACGGCGAUUGAUAAUGACACAACUCCUGAGAACAGUAAUUUUACUUACUUUGUUUUGGACGCCAGCCCCCAAGUGUCUGUAAAUAACAACGGUAAACUUACAGUAAAAAACUCGACUACGCUUGAUCGGGAAACAACAGGCGGUAAACUGACUUUAAAGGUUGGGACAAGGACUAUGUCAGGUGCGGACGGUGGUAAUGCUACGGUUAUAAUUAAUUUAGCUGAUAUCAACGACAAUAACCCAGCAUUCGACCGUGAUAUGUAUUCAUUCACAGGGAACGCAACAGUCGGUUUCGUCGUUGGUCAGGUAAAAGCAACAGACUUUGACGAAGGUCGAAACGCUGAAAUCACCUACUCGAUAUUACCACCUGUUGCUUCGUCUUCGUGUAUUGGAAAUCUUCCGUCAACACCAUUGUUUUCUGUUAACUCUUCUACUGGGGAAAUAACAGUCGAUGAUAUUGCCAUAGCCUUCUGUAAAUUAUUUGUUUUAAAUAUCAAAGCAUGUGACACAGGUGUAAACAGCCGUUGUAACUUUACAACAGUUGAAAUUUCUAUUCCUGAGUCGAAUGAAACGAAAACAAAUGCGACACAGACCCUCACCGUAUUGGAGGAAUUACCGAAAGGCACAGCUAUAGACUUUGUCAAGUGCAGCGCUGCAGAUCAUAGUUAUGAAUACCACGGUGGUCCAGAGUUUGAAAUUGAUACGAACACUGGCAUGAUAAAAACAAAGAAAGUCCUGGAUCGUGAAACAAAUGACAGUUAUAAUUUCAUAGUGGAUGUGAAGAUAUCCAGUGUGUUGCUGUGUACUGUCAACAUAAGUGUGACUGUAGGAGACGUCAACGACAAUUCGCCUGUUUUCAAUGAAACAUCUUAUCAGUUCACCCUACCUGCGAGUCCAAAAGAUGGUGAACUCCUCGGUACUAUAGGGGCUGUUGAUAUUGACCUUUAUGAGAAUGGAAAUGUUUCAUAUUUCCUCGAAGAUCAAAGCAAUUCUCCCUUUCUGUUGGGCCAGUUGUCAGGAGAGCUUACAAUCAAACAAGCAGACCGUCUCAAUGAAGAUAUCAUGCAAGUCUACGUUAAAGCCAUUGACAACGGGAAACCAUUGCGCCAGAACUCUACCAUUAUUUAUAUUGUUGGUGAAGCAAGUCACAAUAUGGUACCAAUAUCUACACCAUUAGCUGUUGAGGGCAUAAACGGACAGAAAACAGAGUUUGAAAGAAAAAUAUCCAAAAUACUGAAUAUCACAAUUGAGAUAGGAAAGGUAGAAGAAGUGACGAACAAAUCAUCUCCAUACAAGACAAGAAUCCAUUUAAGUACCUCUAAGAAUUCUACGGUUUCCAGACAAAGCUUCCUCAGUCAAGUGUUGGCUCAUUAUGAGGACAUAAGAAGUUUGUUUUACCAGUCAAGUGAGGACACAGGAACAGAAGAACAUUCAGCCAUUGGUCCUUCCGAAAUCGGACUUAUAGUGAUGGCAGGCGUUAUAUUGGCUGGGGCAAUACUGGCAAUUUUCAUUGUACACAGGCAAUUUAGCAGCCAAAAGAGAUACAAACAGUUAUACGACUCACUAACGAAGAACAGUUCGCUAUAUGAGUCUCAGGAGAUUACGGUAAACAUUCCCGAUGACGGACCAGAUUGCAACGGCACUGUCCAAAAUCAGGACUUCAACCAAAACGAUACCAGCAACUCGCCAAGUCUUGCUACGAGUGCAGUGAACCCAGUGUAUCAGUCUGAAACAGAUGUAACAACCGUGGUUGAAAAUACACACGCAAAUGAUUAUGUUUCUGAUGAUCCUAAGGAUGAUAAUACAGAGGUUAAAACAGCGCUUCGGCAGCUAACAGACAGUUACGAACAAGAAGAUGGCAAUGCAGAUAAAAUAAAUGAUCCAGAUGAUGAAGGAAACGAAACGGUUCCACCAGUUGUUUAUGCUAAUGUUAGUAGUCUAGAAGAAAGAGGAAAUCAUGACUAUGUUAAUACAAAUGUAGUGUGUGCUCAAAUCGAGUCUGUGCCUGAGCAAGAUGGAGAGACUGAAACAGAUGCCUCUUUAAGUAGAAAUCAGGAUUUGAUUACAUUCGACAGUGAGAGCAAUGGAGACACAAAUGAACAAAUGGACGAUGACAAUGAAUCUAAAUCGCCAACAGACGACACCAGCGAAGAACCAAAGCCUGAUUAUAACGAGAAACAAGUUAGAUUUCACUCAGAAGUACUAGAUGCUGAUGAAAACAAACUUGAGCCGCUAAAAGUAAAAAACGAGGAUAGUGAAGCAAUGGAGUCGCCAGAAGUGUCUGCAACGACAGAUGCAGAAACUACAGAUGGUGAUUUAGCAGUUGAUGCCAAAUACAAUGGUGAUACACCAAUCAUUGAGCCUGAUUCGGACACUCAGUUGAAUAUGAGCAUAGAUAAGGAUGAGGAAAGUUCGCAUAUUUCAGUUGAAGAAGACUCUGAUAGACUUGAGGAAGAGAUCGAGUCUCCUCAAGUGCCUUAUAUUGAAAACAUCCAAGAUGAAUUUUAUUUUGGGGACAUGGAGUCCACACAUUUUUAACACCUGUAAAUAACUCUGAAAUGUGAAAUAAAUGUCUCUUGUUUUAUUCACCUUAUAUGUUUUUGUCAGCACAUACAACUCUACACAAAAUUGAAAAAAAAAUAUCAUUAAUAUUCGGAAUUAUUUCUGUCUGAUUAUUCAUAUUGUUUUCGCAUUAUAUUUUUUUAUUCAUACUCAAUCUUCAUUUACUUUUCCAAGACUCAAAUGGAAAUUAAUAUAUUUGUUAUUUCAGCUUCUUCUUUCAUAUCAGCUGAUGGUAUUUUGUUUGCAUCUUCUGAAAUGUACAACUGAUUACUGAUUAUUUUGAAUCUUUUGAAGUUAACAUGUCAUAACUGAAGACAUUUCAGACGAAAGUUACGUUCGUAAAAUCUGUGAUAUGUAACAUAAACUUUCUUGAGUCGUUCAUCAGUUCACGUAGAAUCAAAACAGCAUUAAAAUUCAACCAUAUGUUUGAUAUUCAGCGUGUUUACAAGCCGUAUUUUAACGCCACUAUGCAGCACAUAUUUCUGUUGUUUUUUUUAUAUCUUUUUUUUAUUUUAAGCUUGGCAAAGCAUAAUAACAAAAUACAGGAGUAACAGUGUUAAGAGACUUAAGGGGCUAGUCUACAUUUUUGCAAUAUAUUUCAAGGCUAGCAAAGCAUUGAUAAAUUUUAAGAUAACAAUGUUAUGAGUCUUCUGGGGUCAUUUUUGCACUAUAUUUCAAUCUCGGGUGACAUUCUUUAAGAAAUAGAUAAAAUUAAAUCAGGAGUAAAGGUGAUGUGAUGUCUCCUUUCUUGCGUAGGGUCGACCUUCUUUAUUUCUUUUCAAUUUCCUGAAGCACACGUAUCUAUCUUCUAGAAACUGUCUAUGCAUAUCUUAAUAUUGUAACUCGUCUAUUUCAGUCGAGAUGUCAUCUAGAUAUAGGUUUAUAAAAAUGAGAAAUUCUAUACAUUUUGAUCCCAAAAUAUAAUCAAGAAGACAAGAACAGUUUUAUUGGCGGGUAACCUCACUUUGUAAUUUGGGAAGUCAUUUGCUUUGUGUUUGCAAAUGUUAGUGAUUUAGGAAUACGAUACCAAAAUAUCAUAUUUGAAAAAUAUGAACAAUUACUACACGUAGUUUGUGUCAACAUAAAAUUGACAUUAAUGUGUAUCAGCAAAACUAUGAAUUAGGUUUUGAUUAGUACACACUUACUGUAAUUAUAGCUAAAGAUCCGAUUUAGCAAUUGGAAGUAUCUUGUACACUUGUUUUAGUUUGUUUAUAUACAUGACUUCUUCUUUUAGUAUACCUUUCAUGAUUUUCCAUAUAGCUUACGGUUUGUGUUUUACAUUAAAUUCUUAAUUUCUAAA